AUGGAUAGAGCGGCUGCCCUGCGAGCCGCCGGCAUGCUGGAGAGGAAGGAGCGGAGCGGCGGCGAGGCGGCGGCGGCCGGCGGCGCGGGGCCCCGGGCGGGCGCGGCGGCGCGGGGCUUGCCGGCUGUGCGGAGCACGCUGCAGCAGUGCGGGCUGCUGCAGGACCUCAUCGACAUCUCUCUCUCCAACCUGCGCGGGCUCCGCACCAAGUGCGCCGCGUCCAACGACCUCACCCAGCAGGAGAUCCGCACCCUGGAGGUGAAACUGAUUGACUACAUCCACAGGCAGCGGCAGUGCAAGCUGAGUGUGCCCCUGCACGACAGGACGGCAGAGCUCAACAGCUACCCACGGUUCCACGACUGGCUGGACAUCGUCAAUGUCAGGAAAGAAGUUGUACAGAGAAUACCAGAGGAGCUAACCUUAGAUGCCUUACUAGAAAUGAAUGAGUCCAAGGUGAAGGAAACCAUGAAGAGGUGUGGUGCCAGAGACGAGGAGUGCUCCAGGCUCAACGGGGCCCUGAGCUGCUUGAGGAAGGUGACUGAAUCAGGUGGGGAGCUGAAGGAUGAUGUGCUGAUGAACCUGCCCGAGGUACGCCGUGAGAGCAGCUCCCCAGGUGCAGCAGAGUCCCCCUGCUCCUCCACGCCUGCCUGGAGCCCCUCUGCUCUGCACCUGCCCAAGGGCAGCAGCCAGCAGCCACGGUCUGUCUCUGUGUCUACCAUCCCAUCUUCAGACUCCCUGGCCUCCACUCAUGGACCUUCUAUCUAUGCAGAAAACCUGCUGGACCCUUUUGCCUUCCCCACACACAGUGGCAGGUUAACCCCAAGGACUCCUCACAGCAUCACCAUCACUCCUCCAACCACCCCUCAGACCAAGAGGAGGCACAAGGUGAAGCCACCACGGACUCCUCCUCCCCCUUGCAGGAAGGUUUUUCAGCUGCUACCCAACUUUCCAACCCUCACCAGGAGCAAGUCUCACGAAUCACAGCUAGGAAACAGGAUAGAUGAAGUUCCUCCAAUAAAGUUCGAGCUCUCCCAAGGAUCCCCUCAAAUGGUACGAAGAGACUUUGGCUUAGCUGUAACACACAGGUUCUCUACCAAGUCUUGGCUGUCUCAGAUCUGCCAGGUGUGUCAGAAAAGCAUGAUGUUCGGGGUGAAGUGUAAGUACUGCAGAUUAAAAUGUCACAACAAAUGUACUAAAGAGGCACCUGCUUGUAGAAUAUCCUUCCUUCCCAUCACAAAAAUCAGAAGAACAGAGUCUGUCCCUUCUGAUAUCAAUAACCCAGUAGAGAGGCCAACGGAACCGCAGUUUGGAACUCUUCCCAAAGCACUAACUAAGAAGGAGCACCCACCAGCAAUAAACCAUCUGGACUCCAGCAGUAACCCUUCUUCUACAACCUCAUCCACACCAUCUUCCCCAGCACCUUUCCAGUCUUCCAACCCUCCCAGUGCAACCCCUCCCCCAAACCCAUCCCCUAUGGGCCAGAGGGAUGGCAGAUUUAACUUCCCAGCUGCCUACUACAUUCAGCAUAGACAACAAUUUAUCUUCCCAGAAAUUCCCAGUCCUGCACAGGCAGCACAGCCUCCAGAGACAGCUGCAGACACUAAUGCCCAGCAGCAGCCAGACACAGAUGGAAUUGAAUGUGAAGCAGAGGUGGAAGAAACAGAGACUAAUAAAUCAGAACCUGAAGAUGAUGAGGACGAGGUGGAAGAUCUGCCAAACAGGAGGCCACACCUGCAAGGGAUGAUCUACCGCAAGCCCAGCCAGACCAGUGUCUACCUGCAGGAGUGGGACAUUCCCUUUGAACAGAUUGAACUGGGGGAUCCCAUCGGCCAAGGACGAUGGGGGAAGGUUUACAAGGGCAAAUGGCACGGGGAAGUGGCCAUCAGGCUGCUGGAGAUCGAUGGGAACAACCAGGAUCACCUCAAGCUCUUUAAGAAGGAGGUGAUGAACUACAGACAGACCCGGCACGAGAACGUGGUACUUUUCAUGGGGGCAUGCAUGAACCCUCCUCAUCUAGCCAUCAUUACCAGCUUCUGCAAGGGGAGGACUCUCCACUCGUUCGUGCGGGACCCCAAGAUAUCUCUGGAUAUCAACAAGACCAGGCAGAUCGCUCAGGAGAUCAUUAAGGGCAUGGGCUAUCUCCACGCAAAGGGGAUUGUGCACAAGGACCUGAAGUCCAAGAAUGUUUUCUAUGACAAUGGGAAAGUGGUGAUCACUGACUUUGGAUUGUUUGGAAUCUCAGGUGUGGUGCAGGAGGGAAGGAGGGAGAAUGAGCUGAAGCUGCCUCAUGACUGGUUAUGCUACCUGGCCCCUGAGAUCGUUCGUGAGAUGGCCCCUGGGAAAGAUGAAGACAAGCUGCCCUUCUCCAAAGCUGCAGACAUCUAUGCCUUUGGGACCGUGUGGUAUGAGCUCCAGGCAAGAGAGUGGCCUUUCAAGACCCAGCCUGCAGAGGCACUCAUCUGGCAAAUCGGGAGCGGCGAGGGAGUCAGACAAGUCCUUGCCACUGUCAGCCUGGGGAAAGAAGUCAAUGAAAUUCUCUCUGCCUGCUGGUCGUUUGAUCUCAGCGAGAGGCCCAGCUUCACUGUCCUCAUGGAUAUGCUUGAAAAGCUGCCAAAGCUGAACCGGCGACUCUCCCACCCAGGCCACUUCUGGAAGUCUGCUGACAUUAACAGUAGCAAAGUUGUCCUGCGUUUUGAGAGAUUUGGCUUGGGAAUCCUGGAGCCCAGCAACCCCAAGCUCUAG